AUGCCAAUCAUGUCGAGGUAUAUUGUCAGCAGUUUCCAGGGUUUAUAUCAGUUAAUCUUUAAAACUUUUAGAGGUUAUAAGAGUUGGCAUAGAAGUUCCAGAUUGGUAGAGGCCAUAGAAAAUUGCGCGAAUACACACGCCCGCCCGCCAGAUCGACUUGAACAAGCAAAACAAUUCACUCGUACCAAUAUAAAUAACAUUGUUAAAGAACUAAGUGAAAAUUCAAUUGUUGCAUCUCCGAUGUAUGUCGGAAGUGCUUUUGAAGAUUUAAAAGUGAAUGGAAAUUUAAAGGGCCAGGCUAGCAAAGAGAUCGACGUCAUGCUCGUCUGGGAUAUGAAAGACACCGUUAUACUGAAACUUUUGAAUGAAGAUCGCUACAUAUGUCCGCUCUCUCUGUCGAAAUAUUUCAUGGAGACGAUUCAAUCCUACCUCCGUAUUCAUAAAAAGAUAUAUCGGAACACGGUUACAGAGGUCAAACGUCAUGGUUCAGCCAUUCAAAUGGAUGUCUUCAUUCAAUACCCGAAAACUGUGAGCAUGAGAUUCUCAGUGGAUAUUGUUCCAACCUUGAAACUGAAGACUGGCAAACUCUACAUACCAAAAGAAAUGAGUUCUUAUCUGCAACAUUUCAUCGAACCAGAUAAAAAAUAUCUAACAUGGAGGAGAUCGUUCAGUCUUGAUGAAAAAAUAUUUAUUGAAAAAUUCAAUUAUAAAAAACAGAACCGUAAAAACCUUUUGAAAAUUCUCAACAUUAUUAAAAAUAAAAAUCCAUCUUUAGGUGUCAAUUUGCUGGUUGAGAUGGAUGAAGAUGAGACCUCACAACUUGAAGGCGAAUUUUUGUCGUUAAUCAACGAAGAAAAUGUCAUGAUAGAUGCGCUGAACAAUCGUCCCAGAACACAAAUGUUAAAGAUUUUGUACUUAACUCAACUUUAA